GAUAAAGUGUUAGAUAUCGCUCGUGGAGUGCAUAUAAUGGUGGAUAAAUGUCAACAGGAUGGCCUUUUACACCAAAAUAUGCCUAUGUGGCUGUCAGUCUGACCCCCCCUCCGCGGAUGGUACAGUCUUGGUUCAUUCAUAAAAUUCUAGCAGAGCAUAAAAGGAGGGGCUUGCAUUCUAGUCGUCCAGUUACCAGGUAGACUAUACCUGGAGAAAAGACCCGAGCUGCUCUUCCCCAGCGGAAGGCCACAGUCAUAUUUGUCAUUAAUCAGGACUUGUGUGUGUGUGCGUGUGUGUGAUUUUGCUUUUCUUUCUUUUUUCUUUUCUUUUUUUUCUCCUCGUGAUGUAUCAAAACAACCUGACGCCUGACAUGGAUUCAGUCUCCCCCACCUGCCGGGCAGAGUCUCCUGUCGGGACACUCUGCCAGAAGACGCCAGAGGAGGCGAGCUCUCCAGCGUCCUCCACAGAGAGCAAUGCAAAGGAGGUCUGCCAAGACAUGAGCACUGAAGACACUCCAUUUGUUCCAACGGUUACAGCAAUUUCCUCUACCCCAGAUUUCCAGUGGAUGGUCCAGCCUACGAUUAUUACAUCUGUCUCCCCGUCUCUGGGUAGCAAGCAAGCCAAUGAACCGCGAAGCUCUCACCAGGCAACACCCAAAGCGGGCGGGAGUAAGGGAAAAAAUGCUGCCAGAAAGGGGAAAGCAGAGCAGCUGUCUCCUGAGGAGGAGGAGAAGAAGAGGAUAAGAAGGGAGAGGAAUAAAAUGGCUGCAGCAAAGUGUCGCAACAGAAGGAGGGAGCUCACAGAUACACUGCAAGCUGAGACAGACAAGCUGGAGGAGGAAAAGGCUGCCCUGGAGACCGAAAUAGCCAACCUAAUCAAAGAGAAAGAACGGCUCGAAUUUAUUCUUGCUACACAUAAGCCGGUGUGCCAGGUGUCAGAAGAGCUUGAAUCCAUUUUCCAAGAGUCCACAGGGUCUCCGGGCCUACCGCCCAGUCCAGACGAGGACAGGCUUCCAGAGGAUGGCACGCAAGAAGCUCCAUCACUCCAAGACAUGGACGACCCCAGCGAUCCGUCCACAGCCAUCUCUGGGAACUCGAAUAUUUUGCUGUGUGCAAGUGCUGAAAUCAACAUCUGUGAUCUCGAGCCCUCCCUGGACCUUAAGGAGGGGCUACUGGACAAUAUUUUACCCACACUGGAGGAGAAGACUCCCAUGGAGACAGCUCGAUCCGUGCCAGACAUAGAUCUGAGUAGCUCUCUCGGGGUCUCGGACUGGGAGACUCUGUAUAAGUCGGUUUCCAGCGACCUGGAGCCUCUCAGCACUCCCGUGGUCACCUCCACCCCUACCUGCAGCAGCUACCUGUCUGUGUUCACAUUUGCGUGCCCUGAGCUGGACUCUCUCACAGAGGGACUAGACAGCCAUAAAGGUGGAGGAAGCAAGGGCGAUUCUGUCGACAUCCUCAACUCUCCGACUCUCCUAGCCUUAUAAAAUGCAAAGAGGCGCUGAUCUGUUUGAUCUCUUUCUGGUCUCUCUGUUUGCAGGUUCCCGACGUUGAAAUGAUAUGAACAACGUAUGCUGUAAUGCUUCAAGGAACACAUUCAUGAAAAGUGUUGUACAUGACUAAGCAAACAUAUAAACUGUCUUCAGAUACAUAGUCAACAGAGUGAUGUAGCUAAAAGCAUGGCUUUUAAUUUAACCGAAAGGACUGAAGUAAGUUUUGAUUUUAAACGCAUGCUGAAAAAUUCCAAAUAAUUUUCAAAGCUCAUAUCUGAUCUGUUACUAGAUCUAAGCUGUAAUGUGGAAUUUAAUGUAACAGUAUGGUUUUGUGUUUUUUGGUGUCAGUAGUGUACUGAUUGAUGUAAAUGUAUUUACAUAUCCAUCUAAGUACCUGCGUACCUCAUCAAGUGUGGUUUGACCUCAUUGUUAAAAUGUUGAAAGUUUUCCAUGAAAACAUUCAGUGCUAUAUACUAUUAUAUAUAUAGAUAUAUAGAUAUAUAUAUAUAUCUUAUCAAGAUGUAACUUAUGAUUUAUUUUUUUACCUUUCAGACUUUGACUUAUUUGUUUAAAUUAAAAAAAAAACAAGUAAAAUGGGCAUA